AUGAGAAAACAUACGGCACACUACAAAUUAGUGAGAGAUGCACUCUCUGACCUUUGUAGGGCUAUGGCGGCAAAUAUACAACCCGACGAGCUUGAAGUGUUACUUCGAGGCUCGAUAUCUCGUGAAAUCGCAGUGCGAACUGCUGUUCUCCAGAGCAUAUUGUCCGAGAUAGACUUGACUGAUAUUGACUUCUCCGUACAUUUAUGGAUAGCAUAUCAUGACAAUGUGGCAGAGAACGCUGAGAUUGCCAGGGAAAUUUGGGAAGAAAAUGCCCUGGAUGUUGACGAACAAUCUCCUGAUUUGAUUAUCAAACACCUAGCCAAUGAUGACUUGUCUCUACGAUCAGCGGCAGCCAUUGCCCUUGCUCAUGCCUGCGAGCUAUGUCCCUCCAUUUUCUCCGAUACGUUGAAAAAGUUGGAGUCUAUGUAUCGGGAACAAGUACAUACGAAGCCUGUGCAGACCGAUUCAUAUGGCAUGCCUAGGAAGGCUGAACAGGCAGACGCCUGGGAAAUACGGAGUGGAAUUGCCCUGUCCUUCGGCGCUAUGGCUAGUGGUUUCAGUGGGGAUGAUAUAGUAUCGUUUUUCAGAUUCUUGAUCGAUGAAGGCCCUUUGAUCGACCGAAAUGCUUCUGUUCGAAGACAGAUGGCCGAGAGUGGAAGUGCUGUUAUAACAUCGCGUGGGCGUGAGAAGGUUGAGGAGCUGAUGAGUAUCUUCGAAACGACAUUGGAAACAUCAGAUAAGGAAACCGAGCAGUCAGAUUGGCUUAACGAAGCAGUCAUCAUUCUCUACGGAUCUCUUGCGCAGCAUCUAGUUGUGGGGGAUGAUCGCAUUCAAAAAGUCACCCGCAAGCUCAUGGAUGCUUUAUCAACACCUUCAGAAACAGUGCAGCUUGCUGUUGCCCAAUGCCUUAUCCCACUCAUCAGAUUAGAUGGAUCAGAUGCUAGCCAUUUUGUGCAGGAAUUGCUCGAUCAGCUUUUCACAUCUAAGAAAUAUGCAGCCCGCCGUGGAGCGGCUUAUGGACUAGCAGGCAUAGUCAGGGGUAAAGGAGUACUGGCACUCCGCGACUUUGGAAUUAUGUCUCGCCUAGCGGAAGCAUCUGAGAAUAAAAAGGAGUCAAAUCAACGACAGGGGGCUGUCCUAGCAUAUGAACUACUGGCAUUUGUUCUCGGCCGUGUAUUUGAGCCAUAUGUGAUACGGAUUGUUCCGCAACUACUAACAAGUUUUGGUGAUCCAAGUAUUGACGUCCGUGAUGCCUGUUUAGAUGCUGCAAAGGCUUGCUUCGCAAGCCUAAGUUCCUUUGGAGUUAAGCAGAUUCUCCCAACGUUGCUGGAUGGUCUGGAUGAUACUCAAUGGAGAAGCAAAAAGGGUGCUUGCGACUUGCUUGGCGCAAUGGCCUAUCUUGAUCCACAGCAACUUGCCCUCAACCUCCCAGAUAUCAUCCCACCACUUACAGAGGUCCUGAAUGACAGUCACAAAGAGGUUCGCAAUUCUGCCAAUAGGAGUUUGCAACGGUUCGGAGAUGUUAUAAGCAAUCCAGAAGUCAAGAGCCUGGUUUCAAUCUUGCUAAAAGCUCUCAGUGACCCAACCAAAUACACCGAUGAAGCUUUGGAUGCUUUAAUAAAAAUUUCUUUCGUCCAUUACCUUGAUGCGCCCUCUUUAGCAUUGGUAGUGCGAAUUCUCGAGCGAGGCUUGAGUGAUCGAUCAACAACCAAGCGAAAGGCAGCGCAAAUUAUUGGCAGUUUAGCUCAUCUUACGGAACGCAAGGAUUUGAUAUCUCAUUUGCCAAUUCUGGUUGCUGGGCUUAAAACUGCUGUUGUUGACCCUGUGCCAACUACUCGAGCAACUGCUUCAAAGGCUCUUGGAUCCCUGAUUGAGAAACUAGGAGAGGAUACUCUUCCAGACCUCAUUCCCAGUCUUAUGGCGACCCUCAAAUCAGAGGCCGGAGCAGGAGACCGAAUGGGUUCGGCCCAGGCCCUUGCUGAAGUUCUCGCUGGUUUGGGUACGUCACGUUUGGAAGACACUCUACCUUCACUUCUGCAAAAUGUCUCUAGCUCGAAAGCGACUGUCCGGGAAGGAUUUAUGACUCUAUUUAUAUUCCUUCCUGCAUGCUUCGGUAACAGCUUCGCUGCUUAUUUGAACCGUAUUAUUCCUCCUAUUCUUGUUGGUCUUGCAGAUGAGGUUGAAUCGAUACGAGAAACUUCGCUCCGAGCCGGCCGACUGCUAGUGAAGAAUUUCUCCACAAGGUCGAUUGACCUCCUUCUCCCUGAGCUUGAACGUGGUUUGGCGAAUGACAAUUACCGUAUCCGUCUUUCCUCUGUGGAGCUUAUUGGUGAUCUUCUAUUCAAUUUGACAGGUGCUACUGCCGCGGAUGGCGAAGAGGAAAUCGAUUCCGCAAUCCAAGCUGGUCAAUCUCUCCUCGAAGUCCUUGGUGAAGAGAGGCGUAACAAAGUACUUUCAUCAAUUUAUAUUUGCCGCUGCGAUACUUCAGGAUUGGUCAGGAGCGCUGCUAUCAAUGUCUGGAAGGCAUUGGUCGCUACGCCUCGCACGUUGAAAGAGUUGGUGCCGACGCUCUCCCAAGUCAUUAUCCGGCGCCUGGGAAGCUCAAAUAUGGAACAAAAGGUUAUUGCUGGAAAUGCUUUAGGAGAAUUGAUUAAGAAGGCAGGGGAGGGAGUUCUCUCGACUCUGCUGCCGGAACUAGAAGAAGGGCUCAUCACGUCGACCGACAUCGAUGGAAGACAGGGUAUAUGUUUGGCUGUGCGGGAGCUUGUGGUAUCCUCCUCCGAAGAAUCACUCGAAACAUACGAGAAGGCUCUUAUAUCUAUUGUCAAAACCGCCUUGGUCGAUACUAACGACCAAGUCCGUGAAGCUGCUGCUGAAGCUUUCGAUGCCCUCCAGCAGGCGCUAGGCAAGAGGAUUGUUGACAGGGUUCUACCAGACCUUCUACAUCUGUUGCACAAUGAAAACGAUGCGGAGCAGGCUCUUGCUGCUCUUCUUACUCUGUUGACCGAAGCCACUAGAGCCAACAUCAUAUUGCCAAAUCUCAUCCCAACUCUAUUGACCAAGCCAAUUACUGGAUUCAAUGCCAAAGCGUUAGCAUCGCUAUCGAAGGUUGCCGGAGGCGGGAUGAACCGAAGACUACCAACCAUCCUGAAUACCCUCAUGGACGAGAUUAUCUCCACAGAGGACAGCGGUCUUAAAUCAGAAGUUAGCGAUGCAUUUGACACCGUGCUUGAUUCGGUGGACGAAUUUGACGGUUUGAAUGUUGCCAUGAACGUAAUGCUCGCGUUAAUGAAACAUGAUGACCACCGACGACGUUCAAGCGCAGCCAUGCACCUUGCUACGUUCUUCAGCAACACAGAGAUGGAUAUCUCUCGAUUCUACCCAGAGCUGAUACGAGUGCUUCUGAUCUCCUUUGACGAUCGUGAUAAGGAGGUUGUAAAGGCGGCAUGGGAAGGUCUCAACCAACUGACCAAGAGCAUGAAGAAAGAAGAGAUGGAAGUCCUUGUAAAUCCAGCUCGUCAAGUACUCCGACAAGUUGGUGUACCUGGAUCCAAUCUCGCCGGAUUCUCUCUACCUAAAGGAAUUGGGGCUAUACUCCCUAUAUUUCUUCAAGGUUUACUGAAUGGAAACAUUGAACAACGUACACAGUCUGCUCUGGCAAUUGGCGAUAUCAUUGACCGAACUAGCCCUGAGUCACUUAAGACAUUCGUGACUCAAAUUACAGGUCCUUUGAUUCGUGUGGUCUCAGAGAGAUCCGUGGAUAUCAAAUGUGCAAUCUUCCUUGCCCUUGACAAGUUGCUUGAAAAAAUCCCACUAUUUGUCAAGCCAUUCUUGCCACAACUGCAAAGAACUUUUGCGAGAGGGUUGGCAGAUACGUCCAGCGAAACUUUGCGGACACGAGCUGCCAAAGGCUUGGGUAUUUUGAUUACAUUAACGCCACGAGUAGAUCCUCUUGUUGCAGAGCUAAUCACUGGUUCCAAGACUACCGAUCCUGGUGUUAAAAAUGCAAUGUUGCGCGCCCUUCAUGAUGUUGUUGAUAAAGCUGGCACAAACAUGAGUGAGGCCUCAAGACAAGCUGUGCUUGGUCUUGUUGACAAUGAUUCAGUCGACGAUGCUGCUACAACGAUUACGAACGCCAAACUUGCUGGAGCAUUGAUCAAAUCGCUGCCCACACCCACCGCCAUUCCCCUUAUCAAAAACCGGAUACUAGCAACACAACUGACGCAUCAAUCUAUUCUCCGGCUGAACGCCAUUCUCGUCGAAUCGCCUGCCCUACUGAACGAAAACUUCCGUUCAGAGGUACCCGUGGCGAUCUGUCAUGCAAUCAGAAACAGUGAUGUUUUCAUAUCCGACAACGGUGUCCUUGCGGCUGGAAAAUACCUAUUAUCCGCUCAUAUGGACCGCAAACCUGAGGACGAAAAGGAGGUUUUCGAAGCUUUGGCAGGCAUAGUACAGCCUGGUAAACCAGUUGACACUCGACGACUGACACUGGUUGUUCUACGGACGGUUGCUAGAGAAAACCAAGAAAUGAUCGCACGUUAUAGAUCUCUUGUGGUGCCACCCGUUUUUGGGGGAGUCCGUGAUACGGUCAUCCCCGUAAAGUUGGCUGCCGAAGCUGCGUUCCUGGCCAUCUUCUCCGUCGUUGAGUCUGAAGGCGAGGUGUUCGAAGAGUACAUGAAGGGCCCCGGAGCAGAGCUUCCAGCUGGACCCAAACGCAGCAUGCAAGAUUACUUCAAGCGCGUGGCCCUCCGACUAGGAGGCCAAGCUAGGGAGAGGAGAGAAGCUGAAGGUGGCCAAGGCGGCCUAGGUCUCUCCAGCGAUGAAGUAGAAGAUGAAAAAGAAGUCUGGAGCGUGGGCAAGGUUGACCUUGGGGAAUCAUUCGGUGAUGACUAG